AUGUGCAAAGACUUCGAGAAAGUUGGUGCAACGAUAGCCGUGACGCCAUGUGACGUGGUCGAAGAGGCUGACAUCACCUUCUCUUGCGUCGCCGAUCCACAGGCUGCUAAGGAGAUGGUAUUCGGCAAUUGCGGUGUACUACAUUGCCCAACGCUGGAAGGGAAAGGCUAUGUGGAGAUGACCUCGAUAGACGCUGACACUUCGCAUGACAUCGUGGAAGCCAUCGGCGGUAAAGGUGGCCGAUACUUGGAAGCACAGAUCCAGGGCUCAAAGACGCAAGCGGAGGAGGGGACGCUGAUCAUCCUGGCGGCGGGCGACCGCUCGUUGUUCGACGACUGCCAGUCCUGCUUCAAGGCCAUGAGCAAGAACUCCUUUUACCUUGGUAGCGAUAUCGGCAACGCGUCGAAGAUGAACGCCGUGCUGCAGGUGGUGGGUGGCGUGUCGCUGGCCGCGCUCGCCGAGGGCCUGGCGCUGGCCGACCGCGCCGGCCUCAGCCAGGCCGACCUGCUUGACGUGUUGGCGCUCACGCCGCUUGCCUCGCCGCACCUCAUCCUCAAGGGCAGAGCAAUGAUUGAAUCAUCAUACUCCACGCACCAGCCGCUCACACAUAUGCAGAAGGACCUAAAGCUGGCGUUAGGUCUUGGGGACGCCCUGGAACAAUCUCUACCUCUAACCGCAACAACUAAUGAAAUCUUCAAGCACGCGAAACGACUCGGCUAUGCGAAUCACGACGUUGCUGCUGUAUACAUAAGGGCUAGAUUCUGA